GCCAGAGAGCGGAACUGCGGCGGCAUGAUGGGGAUAUUCUGCCUGCGUGGGCUCCGUUGCUGAGGUGUCCGGAGUUCAGCCGCGGUGCGUGUGUGUGCCUGCUCGUGUGUGAGUGUGCAUGCAUGCGUGUGUGUGUGAGUGAUUGAAAGCAAGCCCUUACCAACGCCAAGCGAGAGGAGAGCGUUUGGGAGAGGGGGUUUAAAGAAAAAAAAUAAAUAAAUAAAAAAAAAGAGGGGGAGUGUUGACUGUCUGGGGCUUAGCGAAACCUAACGCCACUGGAUCAGAGGACACUGAUGUGCAACAACUACUCCCAACUCCGCCUGCGUGCACGUUCUCUUAACUUCUGCCAUGGCAAAACCUCUUCCAGCUCACCUCUAAUCUAGGAACUAAACGGGCAUGCAUGGGCACAACCGGGGAUCAAGGCUAUCGCAUCCUUUACGUCAGCAUUUCACAGUCUGAGGAAACAUGGCGAGCAAGGAGGGGGGCAAAUGCAUGCUCACCAACUCAGAGUCUGACUCAGAGGCAGUUGCCUUGCCCUCCACCUCACUGGCACUGGAGGUGAAGUAUUCCCUGGAAGCUAGUCGACAAGUGAGAAAGAGAAACAAGGCCCUUCAAGUGCGCUUCAAGGACAUCUGUGAGGCACAAAACGAGCAAAGGGAGGCAGAGUUGCAGGCGGCGGGGAAAGGGGGCAAGCCGAUGUCAUACAAAGUGGCGUACCGCAAGUACAUGACCGUCCCUGCUCGCAGGUCCAUUCCAAACGUCACAAGGAGCACAGGCGUUCAGACAUCGCCUGACCUAAGGAAACGGUAUCAGACCUUUCCCUUUGAGAGGAAAAAAGGCCACACAUUUAAACACGUAGCGGAUGUGGAAACUUAUAAAGGUCAAAAUAACGGUUUUGUCAUGGAGGUGAAGCAGUCCAAAGCAGCUGAGCAGGGUUUAGAUGAGGAGGAGGAGGAGGGAGCCUGUGGGGGGAGUGGAGUUCUGAGGACCAGGGCUCUGCUCCAUACUAAUGAGUGCACUGCCACAGUAGAGCAGCACACUGCACCUGAUGGCCUGUGCUCUGACGCUCUGCUGCUCACUUGCAGACCAGACACAGACUGCCUUGCAGACACGCCUGGAGGUAGCGGAGCCGAAACAAAAGGGGAGUACCAGCUUUGCAGCGUCAAAUCCCAAGCCAGAACUGGAUUACAACACAGGGAGGCUGACACUGACCAAGAGUUGAUAAGAGGCUCAGCCAAGAGGCAGCUGCUCACUCUGGAGGAGGGCUCGUCCCGAACCCUGCCGGACAGGGCCUCAAAGGUUACGGGUCCCAUCGCCUGGAACUCCCUCACACAGGUGGAGUGCCUAGACAGUCCAUCUGUGAGGAGCAAGCGGAAGAAAGGCCUCCAGCUCAAUGGGCUUUCAAGUGAAACUCUACCACAAUCCAGCGGAGGCUGUACAACGCAGGCACAGUGCCAUACAGGACAGUUAUCUGCCAGACCUAUACGGGGUAUGGAGGAUCCUCUGUCACCCUGCAUAGGCGGUGAGACUGUUGGGGCACCAUCUGACCAAACACAGGAAGCCUGUAAACAAAUAGUGCCUAUGAAUCCGGACAGGGAUGUAAAAGCACAGCUCCAGGCCAUGGAAAAUCUCAUCAGCUCCAGCCAAGAGACCAUCAAGGUGCUGCUUGGGGUCAUCCAGGAACUGGAAAAGGGAGAGGCUCACAGAGAAGGACUCUCCUAUCGAACUGGACAGGACACAGCCAACUGUGACACAUGCCGGAACAGCGCAUGCAUUAUUUACAGUGUGGAACUGGACUUCAAGCUGCAGGAGGACAAGCUACAACCACUGAUGAAGAGGCUUUGUCCUACAGACGAUGCCCACUUCGCCCCCCUGCCUUACCCCCAGGAGGCCUUCACCUCCACCCCAAAACGAAAGUCCAAAGCUGACUCCAAGAAGCACGCUCGCUGGAAACUUUGGUUCCUGUGAGAACACGGAGCCAUCUCCAACUUCUGCUUUCAAUGCAAAGGAUUUAAGUGUUAUCCAUAUUUUUUUGGUUUAUCCAUCAUCUUCUGUUAAAUUGGAUCCUCUUUUUUAGACCUGGUAACCGAUUUUAAUGGAGAACUCGACAUGUGGAUACUCGCAGAUGACAGGAUGUGUAAUGGGAAUGUGGAUACCAUGGACAAUUCUAAAUGCCAUGAUAACCAAAAAUGGAUUCAGUCUUAUUUUUAACUUAUUUCUUUAAAGUCGGUGUGAAAAAACACCGGUGAGACGUUUUUUGGAGAUCAGCAAGGUGAGGAGAAAAAUUUUAUUUGCUGCUGUCUCUUUGCAUAUAUUUUUAUAGUUGAUUUGAGUGGGAUCCUGUUCUGAGAUGACGCUUCAGUGUCUCACAUUUCUAUUCACCAGUUGGAACUUUUUUCUCCAUAAACAGCAUAUCACUGUACGGCAAAGCACAAUUAACACUGUUCAGGAUACAAGUUCUGCAGAAUAAUCAAAAAGACCUAUUUUGAGUAUUAACUCACUCAUGUAGAUCACUCACUAACCAUUACAGAUUGAGGACUUUCAUACUGAUCAAAAGAAGAGGUCUAAAGGACAAACUGUCAGAGAUGUUUAUUGGAGUUUGAUGAUAAAUCUUCUUUCCAUUACUAAAAUGUCUCCCUGAAUCAUCUGACUUUGAAGAAUGAAUAAAUAACACUUAUUUUCUUAAUAACA